AAGUGUAAAUAGAGUAAAACCUGAACUUCUUCUGAUUGGCUUUUCAUCACGGCAAUGUAGCCAAUGUUGUCCGGGCGCGGUGUCCUUGUGGCCCCCAACGGCACACAGUUGGCACUUUAGUUAAAUGCCUGAGGCAAUUAAGGCGCCUAACUUAGAGAUAUGGUACCAAGCGAGUUCCCACUUUGUCCUUCUCAUCGUCGCCCAGCACCUACGAUUUCAACAAAGACACAGUGGAUUAACCAAAGGCAUGCAGCAGUGAAUAUUUCUACACCACAACAAAGCCUGUCAACACCGCUAGAAAUCCCUCCUUUGGUGCAAAACACUCCCAAACCGUCAAACAAGACAACAUUUAGAUUUUUUUCUUCUUCAAAAUGGAUUCUACAUCGUGUGUUUAAAUGGCUUCGUUCACUUCUAGCAGCCUUUUAACCACCCUAAUACCACCGAAACCGACUCCUUAUACCACCUAGAAUACAGCCCACAGCACAACGUCUACCCGGUCGAAUUAAAAUCCGACUCUUGAUACCCAUUUCCCUAUUGGGACUCUGAGGUUGACGAGUUAACGCACGCUCUGCCAGAGGAUGGACGAUCCCGGAUGCUCAUGGCCUGCCUGGAAGUUUGGGAUGAAGAGGGACGAACUCUUCACCGGACUUCAUGAUCGAUACAACACAAUCGCCUUCUCUAUUCAGGAUCCCGAGGCCUUCCACCACGAUGUUUACGAAAUUUCCAAUACCGCAAGCACAGUCGAUGAGUUCCACCGUAUGCUGGCUGACCGCAAGCAGCUCCGGCUGAACGAGCUGAACCAAAGCCUAGAAUCCGCCUCUGUCGAGAUCAUCGCUAACCCGAGCCUCAUCGGUACUCAACAGUGGCAAUACGCUCUGCAACUCUUCCGCACCAAGUCGCUGGACUCCCUUGUAAGAUACUUCGCGUCUUAUCUUCCAGAUGAUCAUCCCUGGCAUCAAUCCACCGAUGAUCCAACAUCGAAACCAUUCUUCGACGAUCUAGAGGACGACGUCCCUAUCAUGACGCAUGAACCCCUCGCUAUCGAUACCAGUUCCCGCAUUCCGGCUAGCCAUCUUCCUCCUUCACCCCGGUCUCUUACGAUGUGUUCGGACGAUUCUGCGGUGUCAACCCCGGCGCGAACAUUAUCCUUCUCAGAACCCGAGACGGACGCGAUGGUGCUAUCGGGAACGCUUUGUCGCGGUUUCGACGACGAGGAAACGUCACAGUCAGACGAGCCUGAUACACCAAUCACUUCUGUGUCUGAUAUGUCGGAUAUAGAGUCUUUAGAGUCUCAACCAGAGGAAGAAGAGGAGGUGGAGGAGGCUAUCACGGAUGAGAACAAACCAGUAUUUUUAGGACGUGAUGUCCAGGGGAACGAUAAGAACGAAUCAGAGACGCCAACCCCUCGAACCGAAUUUCACUCGGAUUCAUACAUAAGUAGUGAGGCUGUAAAGAUAGUAUCGUCUAAACAUAGCCCACUCCGUAGAGAUGUUCGCGAUAGAAGUCCAGGUCUAGCAAGAUCGCGACGGAGUCCAGAAAUUGGACGGGUUCAAAAACCCCUACCAGAUCCCACAAGAGUCAGACCCAAGGGUCGAAGACGUUAACUGGGCAGUUGAUGCUGCCACGAAACUGUAUAUAUCCUUAUGAUGCCGCUGUACAUACCCACUAACGCGUUAAGUUAUUUUUUCACUAUCGUGUUCUCUCCUAGUUGAGAUUUCCUUUUGAGGAUGUGGUGAUUGCCUCGAGAUUAUCAUGAGUGCUAACUUUACCAACUUACACAAUAAUAUCCCCGGCAACGGGAUUUAAUAUGGACAGGUGAUCAAGUCAUACCUGAUUAAAACAGAUGUGUUACCACAGGUAUCUACCUAAUGAUGCCAUUCGCAGAUACCCGUAGCAAGUGAUGACAUUUACUACUACUGAGUUUUAUUU